CAGCAGCAGCGGCGUCUCGUGCUCGGCCCGGGCCCCGGAUCGCGCUCGGCCCCCGGCUCCGGACCCGCGCCCCCCGCGCCCGCGCUCGGCCCCGCGGAGCAGCGGCCAUGCCGCCGCGGCGCAGCAUCGUGGAGGUGAAGGUGCUGGACGUGCAGAAGCGGCGGGUGCCCAACAAGCAUUAUGUCUACAUCAUCCGCGUCACGUGGUCCAGCGGCUCCACGGAGGCCAUCUACCGGCGCUACAGCAAGUUCUUCGACCUCCAGAUGCAGAUGUUGGACAAGUUCCCCACGGAAGGCGGCCAGAAGGACCCCAAACAGCGGAUCAUCCCCUUUCUGCCCGGCAAGAUUCUCUUCCGGCGGAGCCACAUCCGGGACGUGGCCGUCAAGCGCCUGAUCCCCAUCGACGAGUACUGCAAGGCCCUGAUCCAGCUGCCCCCCUACAUCUCCCAGUGUGACGAGGUACUGCAGUUCUUUGAGACGAGACCUGAGGACCUGAAUCCCCCCAAAGAGGAGCAUGCCGGGAAAAAGAAAUCUGGGAGUGACGCGGCCUCGGCGGACCCCAUGGUCCUGGAGCAGUACGUCGUGGUGGCGGACUACCAGAAGCAGGAGAGCUCGGAGAUCAGCCUCAGCGUGGGGCAGGUGGUGGACAUCAUCGAGAAGAAUGAGUCAGGUUGGUGGUUCGUCAGCACCGCUGAAGAGCAAGGCUGGGUGCCCGCGACCUGCCUCGAAGGGCAGGACGGUGGGCAGGAUGAGUUUUCCCUGCAGCCUGAGGAAGAGGAGAAGUACACAGUCAUCUACCCAUACACGGCUCGUGACCAGGAUGAGAUGAACCUGGACAGAGGGGCCGUGGUGGAGGUCAUUCAGAAAAACCUCGAAGGCUGGUGGAAGAUCAGGUACCAGGGCAAAGAGGGCUGGGCCCCAGCCUCCUACCUGAAGAAGAGCAGCGGGGAGCCCUUACCCCCGAAGCUGGGCCCCGGCUCCUCCGCCCACUCGGGCGUCCUCGACCUGGAUGGCGUUUCCCGGCCGCAGAACUCGGUGGGCAGGGAGAAGGAGCCGCUCAGCAACCAGAGGGACGGCCGGUUUGAAGGCCGCCCGGUGCCGGACGGCGACGUCAAGCCGAGAUCACCCAAGAUGAGGCAGAGACCCCCUCCUCGCCGGGAUAUGACCAUACCUCGGGGUCUGAACCUGCCCAAGCCCCCCAUCCCGCCGCAGGUGGAGGAAGAGUACUACACCAUUGCCGAAUUCCAGACCACCAUCCCCGAUGGCAUCAGCUUCCAGGCGGGCCUGAAGGUCGAGGUGAUCGAGAAGAACUUGAGCGGCUGGUGGUACAUUCAGAUCGAAGACAAGGAAGGGUGGGCCCCGGCAACCUUCAUUGACAAGUACAAGAAGACCAGCAAUGCCUCGAGACCCAACUUUCUGGCCCCCCUGCCCAACGAGGUGACCCAGCUCCGGCUGGGGGACGCAGCAGCGACGGAGAGCACCACGGGCGGUGAGGCCAGCGGCCCCUCUCGGCCCCUGCCCGACGCGCCGCUCAGUGCCGCAGACCCCGGGAUACCCUGGUCCAAAGACUGGAAGGGGGGCAAGGAGGGCCCGCGAAAGGGGUCUUCAGACGCGUUGUGUGCAGGCUACGAGGAGAUCUCGGAGCGCGACCCGGAGGAGAAGCCCAGCCUGCCCCCCCGGAAAGAGUCCAUCCUCAAGUCCGAGGGGGAGCUGCAGGAGCGGGAGCGGCAGAGGGCGGAGCAGCUGCGGGGCUCCUCGCCCAAGCCCCCCAGCGUGAUGCUGCCGAUGAUGCCAGCCAAACACAGCCCCCCGGCCCGGGACGGCAGGAGGCCAGAGCCCAGACCCGACAGGGGCAAGCUGUUCCAGCUGAAAAACGAGAUGGGGCUGGAGUGUGGCCACAAGGUCUUGGCCAAGGAGGUGAAGAAGCCCAACCUGCGGCCCAUCUCCAAGGCCAAGGCUGACCCACCGGAGGAGAAGCCGGAAGCCAUGCCCCAGAACCCCUUCUUAAAGUCCAAACCUCAGGUCAGGCCCAAGCCGGCUUCCUCCCCCAGGACAGAGCCACCUCAGGGCGACGACCAAGUGGACCUCUGCCACCUCAGGAGCAAGCUCAGGCCUGCCAAGUGCCAAGACAAGCCCUCGCUGGAUGGAGAGAGCAGCCACCAGGCCUGUGGGGGCCAGGACGUGGCCGGCGGCCGCAGCUUCCUCCCGGGGGAGGGGCCUGGCCGGGCACAGGACCGGACCGGCAAGCCGGAGGGGCCCAGCCCCAAGGAGACGACGCCCUGCAGAGCCCCUCCGAGGCCAGCCAAGACCACGGAUCCUGUGCCCAAGAACGCGCCCGUGCCUCUCCAAGACGCUCCCCAGCAGCAGAGACCCAUGAUCCCGCCCCGCAGACCACCGCCCCCCAAGAAAACCUCCGCGUCCAGGCCGCUCCCCGAGGCCCGAGGGCCACAGCGGGAGGCCGGCGAAGGCCGGGCAGCCCCUGUCCCGGGCCGCGCCCUGCUGGUCCCUCCAAAAGCCAAACCUUUCCUUGCCAACUCCUCAGGGGGCCAAGACGACAAUCCAGGCAAAGGCGGGCUGGGCCCAGGGCCGGGGCCGGGGCCUCGGAUGGUGGGCAAGAUGGGAGAAAACCGGGAGAGGGUGGCCGCAGCCCCCCUCCCCAGCGCCGACAGCCUGAAGGACCUGUAUGUGGCCGUGGCCAACUUCGAGGGCGAUGAAGACACAAGCAGCUUCCAGGAGGGGACGGUGUUCGAGGUCCGAGAGAAGAACAGUAGCGGCUGGUGGUUCUGCCACGUCCUCAGCGGGGCGCCCUCCUGGGAAGGGUGGAUUCCUUCCAACUAUCUCAGAAAGAAGCCCUAGCCUCCUCCCCCCUUCCCCCCCGCUGUCAGGGCAGGGGCCUGUGUGUCCCUGCUGGUUUUGCCCACAUAUUUAAUAUGCCUCUUAAUUUAUCAUUCUCCACGCAGCUCCGGAGGAAGGAAGGCUCCGGAGAACUGUGGUUUCUUCCCUCCCAUGGGCAGGUCGGCCCUCCCACCACGGCAGCCCCUGGGGGCUCAGAGGUUACACGCUUGCUCUCUCUCCACCCACCGUCCCUGCCUGAAGGCCAGUGGCAUUGCCGCCAAGCUCCUCUGCCCACCCAGCAGCGCCACUGGGACUCCCCAAGGCCUCCAGGACCAGAACCCCCCCCCACCAUCUGGAGAAACCACACAAAGGGUUUCUCGUUGCUUGGACCCAGCGAAGGAAGGGGCAGCCCCCACAGUCCGUGACAGCUGACUCCAACUCCUCCACGUGCUGAAAAGCCCAGCGACGUUCUGUUCACCCAGUUUCCAAAAUGCUUGGCACCAAAAAGGGCUUCACCCUAUGGAAGUGGGCUCUGUGGCCAAUCCCAAAAGGGGGUGUCCUCCUCUCCAAGGCCUCAGGCCCCGGGGGCUCUCAGGUUUGACUGGCUGCGGCCCAUGCUGCCUCCCAUCGCCUGUCUCGGGAGCCCGAUGGGUCCAGAAGGGGUGAGUCCAGCCUGGAGCUCGCAGCACUGCCAGGCUCCAGGUGGCCCCCUCCCCGCCCCGGGGCGUUUCACUCCGUCAGCCCUGAGCAAGAAUCUCAAUGUUUGUUUGGAAGGGGGACCGUUCCCAAGCCACGCUCCUGUGUGAGCGCCGCCCCUGCCGAGUCGCUGGUCAGUGCCACACCCCGUGUGCCGCACUCCCAUCCACGCUGAGCCCUCCCUUGUGAGGGCACGCCCCUUCCAUAGAGGAGGCACCGAGGCUUUGGGGUGCCCCGGGCACACCAGCUGGGAGGAGGGGGAGAGGGUUGCAUCCAGGCCGGCUCGACCUCCAGGCCUGUGCCCUUCACCCCGGAGGAGGCCGGCCGGGCAGGGAAGGGAGAAGCGUGGGUGUCAGAGCCCGUGUUUUGCUCCUGCGCUGGGGUCCCGUAGGGAGAGUUGAGGGCGCCAAGAGAGCUCAGGGGGUCCCUCGUGCCAGCCUUGAGGGGCCCUGGUGGCUCUAGGACCAGCCGCUAGUUCUCCUGUUGAGCUGAGUGUAGUGAGCAGUGGUCCCCUCAGGUGACAGGGACCCAAGGGCCAGGCAGAUGCCUCCUGUCACACUCUGCUGCUGCUGCUGCUGCUGCUGCUGCGUUCUGGUUUCCCUAGUUUUCUCCCCCGCUCCCCCAGCACUCUCCUUCUCGGUCUCACUGGGAGGAACCCAGGGCAGCCGUCCCGCCCAUGUCGAGGGUGCAGUUCACCUAGAGUCACGGUCACGUACAGGACCAGAACCAGGUCCCCGGCUUGCCAGUUCCCCGCAAGGAGCUUCUGCCGGAGGACCAGGCUGCCUGGGGGUGAGGGGGCAGUGCCCCUCCUCCUCCCGCCCUGCCUUGAAGAGGAGGAGGAAGUGGCCCUGUCCUGCCGCCCCAGAGUCGCCUGUUCAGAGGGUCCCUUGGCUGCAAUGCUUUUGGAGCCACAAAGCCAGCUUUCCUGGGGAUGCUCGCUGUCCACCUGCCUCACCGAAGGUCCUCUGCCCUCCCCCCACCCCACCAGGUGGACCCUGGGUGUGUCUGCGGAAGAAGGAGCGUCCUUAGACCUGUACUGUACUGUCCUGGUCCUUCAGUCGGUCUGAGGGUCCUGUCCCUGAGGAUCUUGGGGCAGGGCCCUGAGGUGCUCCUCUAGAACCGUGGGUGGGGGGUCCCCUUGCUCAGGAGGAGGCCCCGCAGCGUGUUUUCCUGAGUGAUCCACUUUGGUUCAAACUGCUUUUAUGAAGCUGUUAGGCAGGAUUUGACUCACGCGUUUCAAAAGACAAAGCUCUUUAAGUUUUUUUUCCUGACUCACUUUGUGCUUUCAUUGACCUUUCCAAGAAUUCUGUGGGCGCCUGCCCCGUGCUAGGCGCCGGGUGGACCAGGCUGCGUGCGGCUGCCUGCCUGGCUGGACGAGCUGCGGUUCUGUUUGCUGAUUCCACCGAAAGGGUUUGACUUUGACCUCAUUCCCUCCUCCCGGGAGUCAGCUGGGUGGGAACGCGCUGGUUCUUUCUUUCUCUGGCCAGAACGUUCUUUCUGCAAAUGAAAGAACUUGCCUUUGUUGUCGUUGUUGUUGUUGUUGUUAUUGCUAUUAUUAUUAUUGUUAUUAUUAUUAUUCUGACGGGAAUGAAGGUACAGAAGCCACAUUUCUCUCCAUUCACUGUUGUUCCUCAGGAUACUCUGUGUCCUGAGUACUCCUCUCUCGAGCUCCUCUGCCACAGCCGUGGGCACUUCCCCGGGCGCCUGGAAGUUGCGGGGGGAGGGAGGUUUUGACUGUGGACUUAGGGCUACACCACCCAGGGCGGUGGCCACUCUUCGUGAGCAACUGACGGAGCGUGUGCAAGACCGCCCCGGAGUUCCGGCUGUGGGAAUGGCCUGGGCCGUGGGAGUAACCCCCGCUCCAGGCCCCGGCAGGUCCCUGCUUUAACUCAGUGCCCACGACAGCCCUGUGGGGGCGGGGGUGGGGGGUCAGUCCCGAUCUGCAGUGAGAACACAGGCCCAGGGGAUGAGGCCCCAUUCCUAGCAUCAUGUGAACAGUGGCAGUGACCGAGCCGAGCCUGGAAUCCAGGGGUUUUCCCCCGCCCGAUGCCCGUGACUUCCUCUGUCACCAGCCGUGAAACGUCCUUGGGGCCUCCUGGGAGGCAGGUGGCCCUCCUUCUGGCUUGGAGUCUCCCUGUCCCCCACCCCACGAUUAGACGAUUAGACCCGUCCGCUUCCGACAGGCAGACACGGGCAGGGUUCUCUGCUCUUCUCGGCCCUGCUUGCUUCCUGCGUCUCACCUUACGUCUUAACGUAGAACCACAGCUGUGGUGCCGCCAGAUCUCUGCAAGAAUCUGAGUUUUAAGGGCCUCCACUGGAUGAAACGGGCCUUUACUCAACAUUGUCACUCAGACGUUGUUCGCUAUUGAUGGGGGUUGGGGGUUAGGUCCUUGUCCUGGGGGCGAGGCCCCAGCUGGAACCGCUGGUCAUGCCGUCACUUUGGAGGAGUCACGAGGGCCCAGGCCAGCCUUCUAGCCGACGCCGGGAGCCACCGCCACGGGCCUUGUCGUGUCCAUUUCUCAGGCUACACUCCAGGCCUGAAAACUUCGGGGAUUUCGUCACCAGGUGGCACAGAGGAAAACAGACUUGCCACAUUCAAGGGCAGGUGCCGAAUCUCCCCAAGGUUUGGAAGGACCCGAGGGGCGGACCAGCCUAGUAUUGAUGCAGCCUGUGCCGAUGCCAGCACGGAGCGGUGGUGGGGAGGACCUGCUUCGGCCCCCCAGUAGCUGGCCCCUGGACAGCGAGACGGUGAGGGCCCGUGGCCUGCCUCCCAGCCUUGCCUUGCGCUGAGUCUCCAAGUGCCGGGUCUGCCCGCCCCUGGGAGGCCUCGCCCUGCUCUUUGAACUGUGACAGUGGGCACGCAACAGCCUUAGCCGCGCACGGCAGCCUUGUCCCCCCUGGUUGUCCAGGCCCUUCCUUCGGGGCUGCCAACAGCCACGCCGUGGAUUCCCAUGCGUCAAACUGUGGCCUGAACGGGUGGCGGCUGGCUCACGCCGAGGCCUGAGGGUGCAGGGUGCCCUCCCUCCGCCUGGAGGAAUCGCUCCGACCUUGGCUAAGGUUCUGACUCUGCGGAGUUAAAACCAGGAGGCCGCCCAGGUGUGGAGGACCCUUCCCGCCCCAGGCGUGACCGUCCACGUGGUGGGGUGACGUCUGGUUUCUGGUGCUACCCUGCGGGUCACUGAGCCGCUCCCCACGCUGCAGCAUUCCAUCCCCUCCCCAUUUCUGCCCUUCACGCUAAAGGAGGCCUUCCCGGCUCCCGUCGGGGAGAAAGGGGGCUCAGUCUCUGCUUCCCUGAAGAAGCUGAACCCGGGGCCACCGCCAGCCAGCAGCCUUCUCUUCCAGCUCUUCCGUCGACGCCCCCAAGGAGGUGCCCGCCAGGCUCGCUCCAGCAGCGAGCAACUGCAGGGCCACCAAGGCGCCCACAGUUGGCCCCCGCAUGUGCCUGCCAUUGUCAGCAGCGCCGCUUUCACUCUCCCGGGGGUGGUGAGCAGCUGCGGCCACCUUAGCUGCAGCCUGCACGUCCCACUUCAGGGAGCCCCCGAGGGAGGAGGCUGUCACCUGCGUCCCUCCAGGAACCGUGGGCCCCGCCGGCAUGGGCCCACCACCCUGCGUCCGCUCGCAGGGUGAUGCCGGACACCUCUGGAUGCGCAGCGCUCCCUCUGCCCUUGGCGCACACAGAUUCCGGUGGUGGGUUUUGUUUCCUUUGAACACACGCGAAAAUCCACGAGGAUAUAUAAUGUGAGGGGGAGGGGUGAUGAACAGUUAGCUGUAGCAUGUAUAGACGAUAUACUUACCAUUAGACUGUUCCUUUCUUUCUUUCUUUUUUUUUUAAAUAAAAAAACAUGCUUGACUGGUUUCAAGCCCCGUUGUGAAAA